AUGCGUAAUCGACAAGGAGUUUAUGAUAAUGAAGAAAGCGGUGUCAUGUUCCCGGAUUCGCAGCACAGUAACGCACGUCUUCAAGAUAUUGGCUUGACUGAUAACUUCUUCAUUUACUGCACGGAUGUAAGUUGA